ACAUGAUCCCAGAGGAGAAUGAUUCAAAUAAAUAGUCUGAGCUCCGCAGUCCUUCUCGUAUUCAGCAAGACUUUUAAGAGGGCUAAACAAGUAAAAUGAAGUCCUUGCUGGUUGCUUUGGCCCUCUUUCUGCCCAUCAUAAAUGCCCAGGUGCCACACUGGGGGCCGUGCCCAGAGCCUGCUACUCAACCUGCCUUCAACCUAAAGAAGUUUAUGGGUAGGUGGUUUGAGAUCGCUAAACUUCCAGCACAGUUUGAGCGAGGGAGAUGCAUUGAGACGAACUUCACACUCAAGCUGGAUGGAACGGCUCAUGUAGCGAGCUCGGAAAUUCUAAAAGGAGAGUUAAAAACAAUUUCUGGGACAGCUGUGGUGGAAGAUAAAAGAAAUCCAGCGAAGCUUGGAAUCAGUUUCUCUUAUGUUUUGCCCUACACUCCAUACUGGAUUUUGUCCACUGACUAUGAGAAUUCAGCGCUGGUGUAUUCAUGCACUGAUGUCUUGAGACUGUUCCACGUAGAGUUCGCUUGGAUUCUGGGCCGCACCCGAUCCCUGCCUGCUGCCACCGUCGACCACGGAAAAGAGGUUUUUACCAACAACAACAUCGAUGUGAGUCGGAUGAUAUUAAGCAGACAGCAGGGAUGUGACAAAGACCUUUGAAUGACUGGAAAAUCCUGUUUCCAGUGUUGAGAUGUUUUGUGUUGAACACACUGUGGACUACAGAAGUAGUAUACGAUUCCUU